AUGGGAUAUCUACGUAUCUUAAUCUUAUGUAUCACGGCUGUAACCGCCAAUGUGUGCCAGAACGAUACCCAGACGGCAGGAUCUCCUCUCUCUGGAAGUUUCGGAAUGGCCGGACUUACAUCUGUCUUUCUUUUGGAUAUUUUGGAAGACCAAGACAGUGAAUUACUUUAUUUUAUUGGGCAUUUUGGUUCAUCUGCUCCAGUUGACACAAUAAUCUACAAGUCAGACCCAGCCCUGGCCAAAGUGCAAGUGAUGACUUAUGAUAUCUACUGCUACUACUAUUCCAACGCCAUGUCUCCAAGCAGGGAGUUCAUCUAUAUCCAAGACCAUACAACGGAAAAGAUAUUCGAGGUCAGGACUUCAGACCUGGUCAUCUCCAGGGAGUUGUCAGUUAGCUCUGCCUCUGUGGGUGGGAAUUCAAACAUGGAAGUGAGUGAAGGCUUCUUCUUCAGCCUCAUCAUCAGCUCAAUCAUACACACUUGCAGAUGGGGCAUGGCAAAUACCAAUCUAGACUGAUUCACUUUCGGAGUCAAUAGUCAGGCCAAUUUGGCCCCAAUCAAUGCCGAUCUGCUGUUCUUUGGAUCAACUGACACAGCAGCCGACCAAUACUACCUGGUGAACUACAACUUGUCCUCCUCCAGCCUGGUCUGGAAGAAGAGCAUUGCCUGUCCCACUUCGGGCUGAGUGAACAAAUUCAGCAGCUCCCUGGUGAGCAGAGAUAAAGAGUGGGUCUACACAAUGGUGCUGUACAAUGCCAACUUUAUUUUCCAAAAACUCACCACCACCGACGGGAGUCCCCAAAGCUCAGGGCUGAUUUGGAACGACAGUGGGUAUGGGCAUAGUUACUGAAUGAAAGAGUUCAGUGGUUUCAUUGCCAUUCAGAUUCUCAGUACCUCGUUAUCAAGUGCUAAAAGGUUGAUUCUGGUCUCCCCCUCGGCCGCAGAAGUUGUGAAGGAGUACAAGUCAGUGAGCUCGAGUGCUUAUGCAGUUGGAAGGUUGCUAUAUAAAGGGGAAGAGCUAAUGUUUCAUUCUGGAAGAAUAAACACCAAUUACACAUUCUUCUUAGCUAGAUCGCCCACAAACAACAUUGGACAACUUGCUGAGUUUGAAGAAGACACUCCUCUGUUCAGUCCAAUUACCACUUCCUAUCAGGUGUCGUCAACAACAUCAAACCCAAGCCUCACCACAAGCACGAAGACACUUACUAUCUCAACUUCAUCGUCCAUCACUACUAUUGACAUCGCGUCAUCGACAAAUCCUUCGUUCACCACAUACGUGGCUUUGUGGAACCAAACCUACUUGAAGAUUGUCCAGAGCAACGCUUCUGUGAAAUUGGAAUUCACUUCGGCCUGAGCUCAGUCAGCUAAUUACACUGCCAUUAGUUUUAGUCUGGCCCAAACUGGCUCAAAUACGAUACCUGGGUGGGUGCAAUUGGAUGCAGUCAACCAAGAGCUACACCUCAACACCACUCCAAAACUGCCCGAAAAGAAGACUUUCUAUUUCUCACUGCAGAUCUCCUUCAACAGUGAAGUGCACUACAAGAAGUUUGAGAUCACUGUAGAAGAAUGAUCCAUUCAAAACUGCGAUCGAUGAACACUAGGAGACCAUAGCACUUGAGAGGCUUGAUCAGAUGGCUAUCAGAGCUCUGAUGGCCAGACCUCUUGCUCUAAAGUAGCUGAAACUACAGCUGCUACUGAAACUAAAGCUGCGACUGCUAUGGUGGCGUUGGGUGUCACACUUGCUAGUGCUUCAUCUAUACUUUCAUUAUCAUCUAUCAACUCUAUCUUUAGCAUUAUGAACAGCCUACAACUAGCAAUAUUACUGCCUCUAAUUCCUGACUACUUCUCCCCCAAAGUAUUAGAGUUCCUGAGCGGGAUGGGUUUCACAAUGCUCUCAUUUGACUUCAUCAAGCUCAAUGAUAUUCCGCUUGUCGAGAGACUAACUGACUGGGUGUCAUAUCCCCAAUCUGAUGGGUAUUUAAACAGUCUUGGAAUGAGGUCUGGCAGCUCAGUUGUUAAUUAUUUGUCCCUCAUGGUCAUUAUCAUACUGGUAGGGAUUAUUCACAUUGGUGUAUUGAUAUGAUACAGAUGAACAGAGAACUCGAAGCACAGAAAAUGAAAGGAGUUUACCAAGAAGCUGUUCACGUUCUUCACAUUCAAUGUUUACAUAAGGAUAUUCAUGCAAGCAUUAGUAUUUACAACUCUAUCAAUAUUUGCAGAACUGUACAAUCUCAAUCUUGCUACGACAGUCACAAUAGUAUCAUUUGGGCUUUGAGUAUUGUUUUGAUUGUGCACAAGCGUGUUGUUUAUUCUAUCAUUCAUCAUGUAUUGCAAGUCAUUUCCUCAGUUGGAUAAAAAAAAGUAUUGGGCAUGAACUGAAUAUUUCAACGGAGUCAAGCCAACUAAAUAUUCUAAGCUCUACUCUUGCUUGUUUAUGCUGAUGCGAGUAUUGCUGACUUCAUUGCUCAUUUUUGGGGAAUCUGCUAGUCAAAAUAACAGAGCCACUUACUUCUACUUAUUCAACAUUGCUUAUUGUCUUUAUUUAGUUAUUUUCAGGCCAUUAGAGAAUCCUCAAGACAGUAUUAUUGAAAUCAUAAAUCAAUUGCUGUUCUGUAGCUUGGCAGUUCCAUUAUCAUGGCUGGACACAAAAGAAGCCUGGAAACCGUUCUAUGAAAGAUUUUAUAUAACUGUAUUCAUGGUGUCUCCAGCUAUCGGAAGCUUAAUCUGACUAAUGUUCUUAUUAAAGUCAAUAGUAAUUUGCAUACGAAAAUGGAAAGCUAAGAAUAAACCACAAAAUGUUGCUCCCAAAAAGCCCUCCUCUCGUAAUAGAGCACCUCAGAUCCUUAAUGAUCACAACCCGAAUCCCUCACCAUCUAUCAUCAACCCGUCUUCAAGCAUGAGCAGAAGCAAUGUUCAGAUAGCACCUCAUCAAGCAACUCAAAGACGCCCUUAUGAAAGAUCUGAUCCCAGAAUAACUCCAAUGAGGAGGAAACUAAAUAAUCCCAGAUAAUUAUUUGAUAAUA